UCUUAGAUCGAUGCCUCUUCCUCUCCCGAUCAGGAUUGACUCACGACGCAUCUCCUCCACCUCUUCCCUUUGGGUGAGAAGAGGAACCCUUCUUCGCAUUUCAAGAAAGGAGAGGUGACGAGUUGGUCUUGUUUUCUAGGGUUUCACAGUAGUAGCGGCGGAGGGAGGCAAGAUGAAGACGACUAGGGGGGAAGGUGAUACUAAGUUCCACCGAUCCGGUGAAGAUGAUCAAAUCACGCCUUUUAUUUCUAAAUUCUAAGUUUGCAUGAACCUCACCGCUGCCCUCUUUCCUCUCUCCCUCUCGAUCUUUGCCGUAAAGAUGCUCUUCUUCUCGUACUUCAAGGAAUUGGUAGGUAAAGAAGUGACGGUGGAGUUGAAGAACGAUCUCGCCAUCAGAGGAACCCUCCACUCCGUCGACCUAUACCUCAACAUCAAGCUUGAGAACAUCAAAGUCGUAGACGAAGACAAAUACCCUCACAUGGUACUCCAGCCUUCUCCUGCAUCUCUUUCUUCUUCAUUAAAUUGAUAAACAUAACCCUAUUUUGGUGGUUCCGUUCCAUGCUAUGAACUCUGCAACCCCAUGCGUCUCCAUCCUGUUGAUAUAGUUGCCCAGAGAAGGGUCUACGUCGCUCCUCCAUGACACGAGCUGCCACGAAGUGUUUCUCCGGAGGUCAAAUCCAAGCUUCGUGCCAGGGAGAAGUGUAUCACUUGGGUGGUCAAAGCUCUGCCAUAGAGUCCUGCUAAAGUUUUCAGUCGUCAACAAAAGGUUACCUGAGUCUAAAAGUUGCAAGUGCACAGAAUUAGAUUCUGUGGAUAUUCCGUCGACCAAACAAGUUUCUCCGUCGAAUAUGAUUAGAUUUCCGUCAGAGGUUAGGUUCAGUGAAGAGGAGGCUCUGUUCAGAGACCUAUUCCUAUUGGCAACCCAUGCUACUAUGCUUUCUCCUGCAGGCGAGCGAUUGUAGUACCAAAUUCCUAAAUAUCUAUUCUCUAAAUCUUUAGCAGGACUGAAGAAGCCAAGCUGGAAUAUGCCUCCUGCUGAUAUCAAGGUCUGGCCAUUAAUAAGUGAGCUGUUCGGGGUCAUUGUGUCUCCUGCACAAAAGAUGAAGACUGACCAAGAACAACCAAAGCUGUUGCCGCUAUUAUUUCCAGCAACUGAAGAAGAAAGAGCUGCAUCUUGGCCAUGGAAUUGUAUUGAUUUGCGUUGCUUGCACCUGCCAGAGUGGACGGGCUGGAGAAGGCCUCCACCAGAGUGGACCGGGCGAGGGAGGCGCUUGCUGAUAUCGAGCGCUAGGAAAUGGAGGCCUUGAGGGAUAAGGAUUAUGUGCGGCAACUACGGAGCCGCGAGGCCGAGACAAGUUCUUGUAUGAUCGAAGGUUGUUGGCAGCUAAUUUUCACUACAAGAUCUGGAACAGCAUCACCAAUUCAAGAAAGUGAAAGUGAGGAUGAUGGUCUUGACAUGGGUGAUGAUGAUGAUGUUGAGGAACCUGAAAACGAACCAGAGGCUGUUAGGAAAGAACCAACCAUUGAGAAACUUGAUCCUGUUUCAGCACCACCCAAAGAUGCUGAAAGGCAACUGUCAAAGAAGGAGCUUAAGAAAAAGACAAGAAGCAAUUGGAGCAAAGUAGUGAAGGGGAGAAAAAAGAAAGUGCUGGUGCUCCUUCAGAGAAUAGAAUCUUAAAGAAGAAGAAAUC